AAUAAUAUUUUAAAUAUUUAUAAGCUAUAGAUGUUACAAUAUAUAGACUGAGAAAAUGGCUCAAUGCAUUACAGCAUCCAAUAUUUUAUUUUAUUCUGUGUUUAUAGAUCAGAUUACUUAAUUUUACCCAUAUUUAUAAGGAAUAUAAAUGUUUGCAAUAUUAUACGUACCUAACAAAAAAUACCUUUAUGGUACGACCGGUUCGUGCGUACGUGGAGAAAUAAAAGUCUGGAGGGACAAGACAAUGUGUGAGCAUUCGACAUAAAUACAGAGACGUUGGAGACACCAUUUAUCAGUUGACAGUUCUCGUGAUAAUUGUAAACGCACAUCUUAAGUCUACCAGCACAAACAGUCAUUACAAACAAAUUACAAUGGCUGCCAAGAUGAUUGUUCUCGCCACAUGUUUAUCAUCCGCCCUGGCCCAAUACGUCGUACCGGCUUACCCAGCGGCGCCCGCCACUUACCACGUGUCACCCGCUUACCACGUGGCGCCCGCUUACCAGGUGGCGCCUGUUUAUCACGCAGCACCAGCUUAUCACGUGGCACCUGCAAAGGCAUACGUGCCGGCGGAACCCACAAACGAGCCGACGCCGUACAGCUUCGUGUACAGCGUGAACGACCCGAGCACUUACGACGUCAAGAGCCAGGCCGAGUCCAGCGACGGUAACGGUAACGUGAAAGGCUUCUACAGCCUUUUGGAAGCCGAUGGUUCCACUCGCACCGUCGAGUACACCGCCGACGACAACAGCGGGUUCAAUGCCGUCGUCAAGAAGGAAGGCGGAUACGCUUCCGCCGCUUACAAACCCGCAGCAGACAAGCCGUACUGAGAGCGAGAGUGAGGGCCAAUCGCCGCACGACCUUCGUCUCCGACUAAUCCAAGUGCCGCUCGCGUUUCCGGCCGCGCCGCUGCUGACACAUAUUCAGUCAUCAUGUUAUAUGUAAUAUAUAUUUUAAUAGUUCAUCGAACAUUAUUAUUAUACACGUCCUGCAGCUAUAUAGCUAUAAUAUUAUAUUAUAAUAACUGCUGUCCACGUACCUAUACUCAUACGCAUAUAGUUAUAGGUCAUUAGAGCGGUUCGUACAUUUUAAGAUUGUUACUAUUAGUAAAACCUUGUAAAUAAUUAUAAGCUACGAUUUAUC